UGUCGAAGUUUUAUUGACCUUGCCCCGGCUUCUGAAAAAGGUGUCCUGUGGUUAUCAGUAGUAUCCGAGGUGUUGUACAUCAUGCUGUUAGUCGUCGGAUUCAGCCUUAUGUGCCUCGAGCUCUUUCAUUCAAGCAGUGUGAUAGAUGGGCUCAAGUUAAAUGCCUUUGCUGCUGUCUUCACUGUGCUUUCAGGUCUCUUGGGGAUGGUGGCACACAUGAUGUAUACUCAAGUUUUCCAAGUGACAGUCAGCCUUGGGCCAGAGGACUGGCGACCACAUUCAUGGGACUAUGGAUGGUCCUUCUGUCUGGCAUGGGGCUCUUUCACCUGCUGCAUGGCGGCCUCCGUUACUACCUUGAACUCUUACACUAAGACUGUCAUUGAGUUCAGACACAAGCGCAAAAUCUUUGAGCAGGGCUUUCGAGAAGAGCAGAACUUCCUAGACCAGGAAGCCAUCAAGUACUUCAGAGAAAGGACUGAGGAGGAGAGGGCUGAGGCUGGGGACCUGAGGUUACAGUGCCUCCAUAGCUGCUCCCCAAAUAGGCUUCACAACACCCAGCUCUAA